GUCCUACUGCAGACUGUGGACCCUCAGUAAACACUGGUAGUUAGUUAUUAACACCACAGAACUGGGAGAUUGAGGUCUCCGUCUACAGGAUCGGGUCCUUACAUAUGCUCCAGAACUCAACAUCUAAACUGGCUCUGGUUUAGCUGAGGUCAUGUCUCGUCUCGUGCUGUGUUUGAUUGGCUGCGUCACUCUGUGGUCUGCAUCAGUCAUAAGUUUGUCAGUUUUCUCUGACGCGCCGCAGGCUCACAUGCUUCUUCGGUCUCGGCGGGCGAAUUCCUUUCUGGAAGAAAUGAAACCCCCUUCUAAGGAACGAGAAUGCAUUGAAGAAAAGUGCGACUUUGAAGAAGCAAGGGAGAUUUUCCAGACAAGAGAGGCUACGCUGGAGUUCUGGACGGUGUACACAGAUGGAAACCAGUGUCAGUCCAAUAUGUGUGUGCAUGGUGAAUGUGUGGAUCUGUUCCAAGACUAUGCCUGUCGCUGUAAACCUGGUUAUGAAGGCAAAUACUGUGAAUACAAUAUAACAGCCACAAACUGCUCUGUUAAUAAUGGGGACUGUGACCAUGACUGCACAGAAAGUGAAGAUGGUCUUUGGAGGAAAUGCAGUUGCAUAAACGGAUACAAUCUGGACAAAGAUAACAGAAAAUGCAUCCCGCAAGGUCCUACAUCUUGUGGUCAGUUGUUGAUCAGCAGGUCAGAGUACAGUGGACCUGUGGUUGGCCUGCUGCCCUGGAUGCUAGGAGGAGAGGUGGGCAAGAAGGGUGAGAGUCCCUGGCAGGUGGUGGUGCUGAAUGCCAGAGGAAAUUUUCACUGUGGAGGCGUCCUAAUUGACAGAAACUGGGUCCUGACCGCUGCACACUGCCUAGAAAAUAAUCUACGAUUUGGUGUACGACUUGGUGACUACGAGCUUCUCAGAAAGGAAGGCACAGAGGUGACACUGACGGUGGUCAAGGCUUUCAAACACCCAAACUACAACAGAGACACUGUGGACAAUGACAUUGCUCUGCUGCGCCUGCAGACCCCCGCCCCGUAUAACAAUUACAUUGCUCCCAUAUGCCUACCAGGGCAGGCGAUGGCAGAGAGGGUGCUCCACCUUAAUGGCACCACCACUGUGGUGACUGGCUGGGGCAAAGAUGACAGCGGUAAGUACAGUUCGGCCCUGAACGUCAUCAAAGUGCCGCUGGUCAACCACAGCGUCUGCGAACAACAAAUGUUUCCUCACACCAUCUCUGAAAACGUGCUCUGCGCUGGAAUCCUGGGUCAGAAAAUUGACGCCUGCGAAGGGGACAGCGGCGGGCCAAUGGUCACUCUGUACCACGGCACAUGGUUCCUGGUUGGCUUAGUGUCGUGGGGCGAGGGCUGCGGCCAAAUAGACAAGCUAGGCAUCUACACCAAAGUGUCCAACUACAAUGAUUGGAUCAGAAAGGUGCAGGAGGAGUGGGACAAAACCAAUAACCUGCAGGGAGUCUCAGCGUCUUCCAGGAGAUCAGUCUGAUCUGUUGAAGCCCCAGCAACAUCUAACAGCAUCAAAGACGUACUAACUUUUAAAUAAUAAACUCUCAUACUCUUUGUGUUGUUCUUCAACAUGUAACCUUACCAAAUUCAGGAGAAGUUCAUGAGGUGUCCUUUCAAUUUCUAGAAAACAUCAGGUCAACCAAAUGAAACAAAAGUCAACAUUAAACGAAAAAUAUAACCAUGAAAAACAUCUCGCGACAUAACGAAUGCUGAGAUUAUCUUCAGAAAUCUCAAAGCAGAUCCUUGAUGUAUAUUAACUUUAUUUGAUAUCCACCAGCGAAUACAGAAGUGUACAAUCUUAAAGUCAUUAAGCAGCUAAAUGCGCCAAAUAUUUUACACAGUAUAUUACACACACACAUUUAGACUGGUUUCAUUCUCAUCAAAUUGAGGAUUCCUGUGGUCUAAAGGAGAUAGAAUUAUUGCUUUUGUUUGAAAGGAAGGCACCACAAACACAAAUAUAUUUGUUCCAGACUCAAACUUCAAAUAAAAGUCUGCAAACUGUUGUUUCAAA